AACUCCGGUUGCCCAUGUCCCUGUCUGACUGUCUCCUUCACCCCAUCGAUUGACCUUAUACGUCGUUUGGUCCCGUCAUUUCAUAUUAUCUAAUGUGAAACAAUGUAAUGAUUAUCAUACACACACACACAAUGAGAGGUUUUUCUCUGCUUAUUUACCUUUAAUUGAACGAUCAAACAAAGUGCAAAGUAGAAAACUAAAAUAAAAGCGUCAGUGCGCAUGUUGCUGCAGAAUUUUUAGAACCUGCAGAGAGGUUGCUAUGAUAAAAUGUCCAACAUGCUCACUCCAUUUGUAUAUUGGGCCCAAACGGAGAGUAAAAUUACGUUGAAAGUAGACUUGACUGAUGUAGAGCAUCUUGAUGUCGAUCUAAAUAAAACUACAUUGCAAGUUAUAGCUUAUGGACAUGGAGCAAGAGGAAUGAACAGUUACAGCUUUGAUUUAAAUCUUCACUCAUCUGUCGAUCCAAAUAAGAGUAGUUACAAGAUAAAGGAUCGUCAGGUAGACUUUGUCUUAAGAAAAAAUUAUAAUGGUUGGUGGCCGAGACUAACAAGUCAACCACAGAAGCCCUCGUGGCUCAAGAUCGAUUUUGACAAAUGGAAAAGUGAAGACAUGGACGACAAUGAGGACGAAAAGCGUAACAUUCUUAACGAUUACCCUGAUAUGUAUGAUAAAUUGCACAAAGAAGAAUUUGGAUAUAGAAAAGAGGAUUUUACAAAGGUGUAUCUAGUCAUAUAUAAUCUCUGUCAAUUUGUUGGUUUUAUUUAUGUGUUUGCUGUAAUGGCUAUAAAAUAUUCUCGCGAUGGACCAGACUCCAUGAAAGAAACGUUUGACGCAGUUGGCAAUCCAUUGAAGUUUAUACAACUUUUACAAUUUUUAGAGAUAAUGCACCCAUUAUUCGGAUAUACAAAGAGCAGCGUGUUGGUGUCUUUUCUACAAACGGGAGGUAGAGGGUUUAUGCUAUUCUGCAUGAUCGACGCUGAGCCUCGUAUGCAAACCAAACCGGUCGUCUUCUACCUGUUUCUCAUAUGGAGCACGGUAGAAAUAAUUAGAUAUCCGUACUACAUCACGCAAUUGUUAAACAUUAAGAUAUCCUUUCUAACGUGGCUAAGAUACACGAUAUGGAUACCAUUGUAUCCGCUGGGCUUCAUAUGUGAGGGUAUUAUAAUGCUACGAAACAUUCCGUACUUCGAGGAAACUCAGAAAUUUACAAUUUCUUUGCCAAACAGUUACAAUUUUGCUUUUCACUUCCCAACUCUAAUAAGACUUUAUUUACUCUUCUUACUUUUGCCUGGAAUAUAUACAGUAAUGUCUCGUAUGAAUCAGCUACGCUCCAAGAAACUGAAAAAGUCUUAUAUUAAAAAGAAAUACAACUGAUUUCAAGGGAUAAAUAAUCUUCAGGUUUGUAUUUCCCUUUUUUAUUUAUAGUCACUAGGCGCAGAAGGUAUAGGUAAUAAAAAAGUGCGAGACGCAUAAAAUAAGCUCGGUUUAACAUA